CACCACCGGCAUUCCCAGUGUGCACCGCGAUCAGACCAGCAAAAAAUAGUCCGGCAGCUAACAGAAAGGCUGAGAAAAGAGAACUAGAGAAAGAUAGCUAGCCAGACAAUUCAUUUUAAAAUAAUAUUUUGAAGGUCGCCAAAAUUGCUGACAUGGCUGACAACGAGAAACUGGACAACCAGCGGUUGAAAAAUUUCAAGAAUAAAGGCCGCGAUUUGGAGACUAUGAGAAGGCAGAGAACUGAAGUGGUGGUCGAGCUUCGCAAGAACAAAAGAGACGAGCAUCUACUGAAGAGGAGGAAUGUCCCCAACGAGGACCUCUGUGAGGACUCUGACGCCGACAGCGACUUCAGAUCGCAAAAUACUUCUCUUGAAGCAAUAGUUCAAAAUGCAACCAGUGACAACCAGGGAGUCCAGCUGAGUGCUGUACAGGCUGCCAGGAAGCUGUUGUCCAGCGACCGUAAUCCUCCAAUAGAUGACCUCAUCAAGUCUGGGAUCCUGCCAAUUCUGGUGCACUGUCUGGACCGAGACGACAACCCGUCUCUCCAGUUUGAGGCAGCCUGGGCUCUGACCAACAUCGCCUCUGGAACCUCAGAGCAGACACAGGCCGUGGUGCAGUCAAAUGCGGUGCCUCUGUUUCUACGGCUGCUGCACUCCCCUCACCAGAACGUGUGUGAACAGGCUGUCUGGGCCCUGGGGAACAUCAUCGGUGACGGGCCCCAGUGCAGGGACUAUGUGAUCUCCCUGGGCGUGGUCAAACCCCUGCUGUCCUUCAUCAGCCCCUCCAUCCCUAUCACCUUCCUCCGCAACGUCACCUGGGUCAUGGUCAACCUCUGCCGCCACAAGGACCCCCCGCCCCCCAUGGAGACCAUCCAGGAGAUUCUGCCAGCUCUGUGUGUGUUGAUCCACCACACUGAUGUUAACAUCCUGGUGGACACGGUGUGGGCUCUGUCCUACCUGACUGACGCAGGGAACGAGCAGAUCCAGAUGGUGAUCGACUCCAGCAUCGCACCUCACCUGGUGCCCCUGCUCAGCCACCAGGAGGUCAAAGUUCAGACUGCAGCGUUGCGCGCGGUGGGGAACAUAGUGACUGGUACAGAUGAACAGACCCAGGUGGUGCUGAACUGUGAAGCUCUCAGCCACUUCCCCUCUCUCCUCACACACCCCAAGGAGAAGAUCAACAAGGAGGCAGUGUGGUUCCUGUCCAACAUCACCGCUGGCAACCAGCAGCAGGUGCAGGCUGUGAUAGACGCCCAGCUGGUCCCCAUGAUCAUCCACCUGCUGGACAAGGGAGACUUUGGUACCCAGAAGGAAGCAGCCUGGGCCAUCAGCAACCUGACCAUCAGUGGGAGGAAGGACCAGGUGGCGCACUUGAUUGAGAAGCAGGUGAUCCCUCCGUUCUGCAGCCUGCUCACGGUGAAGGACGCCCAGGUGGUGCAGGUGGUGCUGGAUGGCCUCAGCAACAUCCUCAAGAUGGCUGACGAAGAGGCCGACACCAUCGCCAACCUCAUCGAGGAGUGUGGAGGUCUGGAGAAGGUGGAGCAGCUGCAGAACCAUGAGAACGAAGACAUCUACAAACUGGCCUACGAGAUUAUAGAUCAGUUCUUCUCUUCUGAUGAUGUGGAUGAGGACUCCAGUCUGGCUCCAGAGCCGCUCCAGGGAGGAAGCUACGGCUUCAGCUCCAGCACCAACCUGCCGGCGGAGGGAUUCCACUUCUAGAGGACUGCCGGGGCGAGCCGGAGUUUUGUUGGCGAUGCAGCACUCUGUUUAACAUAAAACAAAAUUAAGAGAGAAAGAGAGUAAAAGAGAGAGCGCGAGAGUGUGAGAGAAAUUAGAUCCAUUGUGCUUGGCUCGUGGGAUCCAUGGCUGCAUCUUUAUCUGAGAGAAUAUGUGCGGAUUUCAUUUGGCAUUCCAGGGGGGAAAGAGCCCAAAUGGAGUUUGAGAUGGCGAGUGGGUGAGAGUGAGUGAGUGGCUACAUGUUGCUAAACAAACAAAACAUCUACAUGGAGUGCGUUGAGAGAGGCGUGUCCUCCUAGCCAGCGUGUUGUCCGAGCUGUCGUCUCCUAACCCUGAAAACCAGGACAAACACACCGUGUCCACCAGGGAGGACACCCAGAGACACACGUAAUCAUCAAGACAAAUUUGGAGGCAACGAAAAAGAAAACACAACUUAGACGUAAGAUGAACCAUAUCGCAAUUCAGCCUCCGGCCAGAGGGGGCUCCACCCUCCGCGCUCCCCUCCCCCCAACCGGCCAUGCUGUCAGACGUGUGAGUGAAUGGACCCAUCGUGUAUGAAUGUCUGGACUCAAUGCUGGGGAGCCAGGUUCAUCUCCUCCAAUCAGAAAUCCUCGAUUGGGCGUGUCCCCGCCCCCUGUCCCCGUGGCGAUGGGCGGGGCUAGGAGGCCAGCGUCGCGUAUGCAAGAGCAGACGAGUGGUGUGUGUGUGCGUGUGACUGGAGAGUGUCAGACGGGAUGAAAACGCAGAGAAUAAACCCUCCAAUCAUCUGGAACAAGCAUGGAGGAACAAGGAAGUAAAACAGGCUCCACCUCCAGAAUGGGAGGGGCUUCGCCUCCCUAGAAAGGAGCAACUUUGGCAACGACAAAAAAAAAACAUCGCAAAGAUUUCUUUUGUUUCAUUCAAAUGUGUAUUAAGUUAGUAUUAAGUGACACUGGACAUGCCUGUGGAGGGAGCCGUGCCUGUUCGGAUGCAGCUUUAGGCUUGCUUUUCUGCCUCCAGUGUCAAUCUUUUUUUAUUUUAAUUUUCAGCUUUUACUUCUGUUGCUUGUAAAGGUGUCCAGGCUUGUAAAGUAACCUCACACCAUAGCUAGCUUCUUACGGGACACAGGUUUGAUGCUGUGAAGCCUCCACGUCGCUAUCAUAGUCCUCAGCAUGAUCUCCUGGGUUCUUUUAUUUCAAUUUAAGCAGGAAUCAGUGCUUGGCAGUUUAAUUGCCAUAGCUUCCAGCUCUGACUCAUCACAAGGGGGAAAUAAAAACAACGGCCAUUUUGUGACUUUGUAUUUCAUAACCUUGCAUGUACUAAACUCUAGCACAGUUGAUUUCAAUUUUCUUUUGUUCCCUUAGGCUGUGUACACUGUCAUUUUAUUUUUAGUAAACUGUCCCCCCCCCCCCCCCCCCCCCCCCCCCCAGACUUUAGUCUCCUCAUUGCAGAAGAAUCUGACCAAUUUUGCACAUGUACUGCAGAGUAAAGGCCUGAAUUCAUCUUUAAAGGAGUGCACUAGACUCUCAAAUCAGACCUCCACAUGCCUUCUAUGAUAUGCACCAUCCAACCAUAUUUUAUAUUUAGUAAUGUAAUCCGCUAAAUAAGACAUUUGGGGACGAUUUGGAUGAAGAAGAAAAAAAUCAGUUUUUAAGGAGUUGCAAUAAUGAUGCUGUUGCAAGGUGAUACAGCAGAGUAUAAAAUUCCCUCUAAAUUUAUGAACAUUUCUGCUGUACUUUCCGUCAUCUCCAAUCCCUCACCCAUCUGUACCAUUUAGGUCCAUCUUUUCUUUGUAUUAAUUUCAGAACACUGUAGUAAUGGAUUACACUCUGUGGUCAUAACCUUCUGUUGAACAUAGGGUAUUUUUUGGCAGCAUUCCUUGUUAGCAAAGAUGGGGUUUCAAAUAAAAAAUGACAAGGAAGAACAUGUGGUUUGCUGAACCAGUUGGAGAUAGACUACUACGGGAUAGGUUGUCUUCUAAAAAUAAAUAGUGAAACCCAAA